AUGGCUCCUCCUCGACGCCACAUCGGUGCUAGCCGUAGGAAGAGAAGGGAAGAUGAGGGCGAGGACGAGGGCUCGCUGGCCGGCGAUAUCGAAGAUGACUCUCUGAGUGAAGGGUCAGCAGAUAGUCGUCAGGAUGAGGAUGCCGAUGGGGAGGGCAGCGAGAGCGACCACGAUACUGCGACAACGGCAGAGCCGGGGAAAGUCAACGGUGGCCAGGUGAAUGGGCGUAAACCAGGUCGGCCUCGACGCAACUCCACAUCGCCAAGAAAGCCAGGACUGAAGACAACGGUAUCAGACACUGAGGCGAUGAUGAAAGGACUAAAAAUCUCUGGCCAACCUGACGAGGAAGUCCACUUCGACCAGAUGGAGGAAGGUCGAAAGCUCCAGACUGGCCGCACCCCGUCGGCCCCGCCUACCGAGCCGAAGCGGGAACCUUUGACUGCGAAGAAGCGCCGCGAGCACGAGAAAUACGUGAAGGAACGAGGCCAGAACCCGGCUUUCGUGCCAACCCGCGGCAGCUUCUUCCUUCACGACAAGCGGACGAAUGAAGGGGGAACGGUCGUACCUUCAACAAGGGCAAGUCGAGGCCGCCAACUCUGUUCUCGGUCAAUCUUGCUAACGAAUCAAAGAAAUUCUGCGAAACCCGAUGCAAGUGAAGGGCUCUGGGCACACGAUCUUCACGAUACCGUGGCUGGCGAUGAAAAGCCCGCGCCGAAACAACCAUCCCCGUCCACAGCACCUCAACCUUCGACAACAGUCCCGACUGCUCCCCGAUCUACACCGCCGAAUCGAUCCUUUUCUAGCACAACUUUGAUGGGAAAUGUGUCUGUCCGUGUAUUCUUACCGGGCAUGGCACAGGAAAAGCCGUUCCCCGUCAUGCUCAAGAAACAUACCCGGCUCCCUCAACAUCGUCCUCCUCUGCGCCGCGAUAAGCCGGUGCGAAUCUCACUUCCCGGUCAAUCUCCUCGUUAUAUCUUCCCGUCUACUGAGCGUUCAUUCAUCUUUAUCCCCCGCGCAUUAAGACCCAACCAGCAAGGCUACCGCGGCCGCGGUCGCGGAGGUGGAUUCUACAGUGGAAGACGACCAAGUUAUUAUUCCAAUACUUAUACUCCGAGUGUUCUGAGCCGUCGGUCAUCUCUUGGUAUGCCCGCAUCUCAAGAUGGAUACCCAUCACCCGCGGGCUCAGUCUACUCCCGGCCAGUCAUGGUCCCACCCGAUGCUGGCAAACCUGUUGUUCGCCUGCCACCUCCACCACGCCCCCCAGUCGGCAUUCCGCCCAUGGGGCCUGGCGCUAUGAUGCCCCAAGUCCCACCGAUGCCACCGAUGGGACCGAUGCAGCCUAUGUAUCAAAGCCGCGCUGGCCCAAUCCCGAUGCAUCAACCUCGCCCUCAGAAAGCCGUCUCCGUGGCGGACAUCGAAAGUCCAGCAGCAUUCCCCUUCAAUCCACCGCAGCCUCAGCAGGAGCAACCAUUCCAUCACCAAGUUCCAGGGCCUGUCCCUGCUCAAGACCCAGUUGUCCGUGGCCCGCCUAGCCAGGCUUCAGGAACUCCGCUCUCUCAAAUUCCCGAACGGGCGAUUCAUGCUCAGCCUUUCCAGCCGUACGGCUACCCCCAGCAGCCAGGGUUCUACCCAAGCUAUCAACCCAGCAACAUGUACUAUGGAAACUCUGGGUCUGAAUAUCCCGCUUACAACGGACCUAUGGGCCCUGGUACCUCUGUUCCAAACUUCAACCCCGGUCAGCAGGCGAUGCCGUACGCCGGCGAGCAACCCUCGCAGGCCGAUACCGUAGCUCACGAGGCUGGAGGCACAGUUUAUUUCUACCAACCGGGCCAAGUGUAUUCGAACCCCAACUACGGAGCGACAGGGUCGGGAGCCGGGGGUGUGAUGGGGAUGGGGGGCAUGAUGACUCCUCCCGGCCCUACGUAUUACUACCAACAGCCACCUGGAGCCGGGGGAAUGUACUACGGACAGUGA